UUGAUAGAUGCAGACACUAUUCGAAAUUAAAAUUCAAGUUGGGCCAACCGCAUCUAAUUCAUCUAAUUAUUUCCUCACAUCGAACACACGCAAUUGAAAUUGUGAGAAGACAAUGGCUUCUAAGGAACUUUUAUGUCUUCUUUUCGUCUCUUUCUUUGCCUUGGUAGGUACUACCCACUGUAACUACGACAGUGAUUGUUCCAUUGAUAAGAAAUGUUGUGCCUAUAAUGUUUGUAGACGGCAAUGUUCUACCUGUUUGUAUGACUACCAAUGUGGAUCGAACAAACAAUGUUGUAAUAGCAUAUGUAUCAGUAGUUCCUCUUCUUGUUCCUGUUCGUACGACAACCAAUGUGGAUGGGGCAAGAAAUGCUGUAAUAAAAAAUGCAUUAGUAGUUCGUCUUCUUGUUCCUGUUCAUACGACCACCAAUGUGACAGUGGCGAGCAGUGCUGUAAUAGCAAAUGCAUCAGUAAAUCGUCUUCUUGUUCCUGCACGUACGACUACGAAUGUGACAUUGGAGAGGAUUGUUGUGAGGGAGUUUGUUCCUCAUACUGUGGUUGGAGCGGUGGAGCUAUUGCAGGCGCUAUUAUCGGCACGAUUAUCCUCUUGGCCAUCAUCAUUUCCAUCGUAUCCUGCUGCUGCUGCUGUGCUUGUUGUCCGUACUACCGCUAUCGUACACCCGGUACUGUGGUCGUCACCGGCCAACCGCAACAACAAAUGGUCUCAACCCACAUGAUGACGACGCAACAAGUACAUGCUCCUCCGCCGUUGAACUACAUCCCGCCUUCUCCAGAUGGAUACAACCAGCCUCCUCCAACAGGUUACAGCCAGUCUCCUCCAGCUGGUUACUACCAGCAUCCUCCAGGUUUCAAUCAGGCUCCUCCGCCUCACUCAAGCUGUCCACCACUAACAAACUAAUAUGCUCCAGCGCCUGGAAUAAGCGAAAGCGGCGCCGAUGCCAGCAGCAGUAAACACCGAACAACCGAACGAGAUGUAAUUAUAGUAACUUGCAAGGGAACUUCUCCAAGCACAUCACUCUUCCGGUGAAAUAAUAAGUACUUUUGGUUUAUAGUUUCCAUUUACAUGGAUAUAAACGUAGUCAAGUUACUAAAUGUUAUCCGUGUAUUUUUUUUAAGGAUAGUUUUAAAGAUUUAAGUUAGGGAAUAGGUUCUCUCAUCUUAAAUUAUCUUAUACUAUUCUUAGCCGGCAGGAUCUGCACGCCGUACAUUUGCAAAUUUGACCAUCUAUCUCGCCUUUGAGGUUCAAAGAAAAACAAAAGCUAGAGACAGAUUUCUUCUGGAGAGAGAUGAGUCUGGUUAUUUGCAUUAAUUUUCCACAAUGAAUAUUGUAUUCUUAGAAAUGUAGUUACAUUUUUAGUGUCAUAUUAAACCCAUCUGGCUGUAUUUAA